UUACACAUUUGGCAUUUCAGCAUGUUCACUAGUGUUUUAUUUGGAACAUGACAGUCGUAUUAGUGAUAUUGGUUCGGUAUGAAGAAGUCCAAUUUCGUCCUUGCCUUUUGUAUACUUUUUGGAAUAGGAAUGUUGUAUUUUCACAUGAACAGACCCUCAACGAAAAACACAUUUAUAAACGUCAACUCCUUAAGGCAGCCAGAACCUGUAGCGGUUAAUUCGUCCCACCAAGAGUCAGUAUUUGAUCCUACUGAUUCUAAAAGAUACGAGAAAUAUCUAACAAAAUACACACCAGGAUACGAUAAAAACUGCAUGUUGACAUUGCCAAAUAAAUACAUAGGAGAAGGAGAUUUCCCGCUCAAACUUCCAGGAGACAAUGAAUUGAAUUCGCUUUCUGAUGAUGUCAUUUCUUGUUUGUAUCAUCGUUACGUCACAACUAUUCAAACAUUCUGUGCAUUCAAGGAUCGUGCAGGCGAAGUUAAACGUAAUGGUUGGUACAUUUGUGCUGAUCCUGCUUACAUACCCAAACAAAAUUGCAUAGUUUUUCUGUCAAACAAAGCUUUCCCAGAAAGCGCAUUUUCAGCCGACAUGGUUUCGCGAUACAAGUGUCAGGUACACAGGUCACAAUUUUCAACUGCAGAAACAUUAAAGUCAUGGAUGGAGAAGACAAAUACAGGAGAUAGGAUAGUAGAUAUAUUCACAAUGUCGAUAAAUAGGACUUCGGAUUUUGCGUUUAUCAAAACUAUGAUCAAGGACAAAUCCAUCAAGAAGGUCAAACAGCUCUUACUCGAGCUCCAUUUUGAUCCAAAAGUUACAAAAACUGAGGAAUAUAUUCAAAUAUUAAAACACUUAAGAUUGAUAUACAAUGAAGGCUUGAGGAUAGUAUGGUUUGAUCGGCUAAUUCAUUGUGCUACUAACAGAUUUAAUAAAUGUUAUGCAAUAUAUUUCGUCCAACCUAACUUAAGAGAUAAGACUAAAGGCACGGCAGUAGUCAAUUUUCCAACGGUGGCAGCCAUACAAAAAAUGAAAGGUAAUGAAAUUGCCAACUUGUAUUUCAAAUAUAUCGAAACUACCCAGUUUUUCUGUCAGCAUAUCUUGAGAAUUGGCAGAAUCACUGAUGGGGGUUGGGAUGUGUGUCAUGAUCGAAUGAUGCAGUAUAAAAAUCCAUGUUUAGUGUAUUCAUUUGGAGUGUUCACAGAUUUAUCUUUUGACGAUGAAGUAUCAGCAACUUACAAUUGUAAGGUGUACGCUUUCGAUCCUACAACACCAUUCGGAACUCAUCAGCACGCACCGAAGGUUUGGUUCUAUCGAUUAGGAAUCGGUACCAAGUAUUCGAAAUUCAGUCAUGGGUACGUGGCUCCACUUCAGAAAAUCCGUUCUGAUUUGCAUCAUCAAUCAUCAUCUAUUUCCAUCUUGAAGGCUGACGUUGAAGGUGCAGAGUGGUCAAGUGUACCUCAUAUGAUUGAUACAAACCAAUUACAUGACGUGUCACAAUUAUUUUUAGAAUUCCAUGGUUGGGGAGAUUCACCCAAUCAACUGAUUCUCUUAAAAAAACUUCACGAUGCUGGGUUCCGUAUUUUUUGGUACCAUAUAAAUCCUGCAUGUACUUUCAAUAAAAAUCUCCCACGCCGAUCAAGAUGUCAAGAAGUAUAUUUUAUAAAUACAAAAUUCCAACCAAAAUAGAGAACAAUUGUUGAGUUAGAGUGAAAUAUUGUUCAUAACAUUGCUUCUGUUUGACUAUGGCAUUGGUAAGAGUACUUUCUAAAGAAAAUUUUCAUUGAUUACCAGUAUUUAAUAUCGUUUUUUUUCUUUUUCUUUUUUUUUUUUUUCUUUUUUUUUUUUUGGUGUGAUAUUUUAUUGAAAAAAAAGACGAAAGUCACAAGCCUUAUUUCAAUUUAAUAUUUGACUUGAAUGUACCUCCAUACAUACCCUGUGUAUCAUUCCAUGGCAAGUUUUGAUUAUGUUAAAAUCAUUCCAUUCAUCGAUUGUACUUUGUUUUCCUCCACGUGGUCAAGCGAACAUGUUUGUGCUUUUUGUACAGAUUAAUGGCAAAUUUUCCUGUACAUACUGGUCCCCCAUCUUUUGUUGCUGUAAGGUCGAGCACUGGCAAAUUCCAUUAUUUUGAUAGUUUAGCUUUUUUUGCUUGUCAGUUUAUUUUGGGAAGUCCUCCCCCCCCCCCUUCCAGUUUUUUCGCUUUUCAGAUUUUUUGGGAGGUUGCCCCCCUCCCCCUACUUUUGAAACUGUUGUUAGGGCCUGUGGUAUGUGUGAGAGAAUGUUCACCCCUGUUGUACCUACGCAGUAAUUUUAAUGCCAAUAUGCCAUGAUUUUGGACGAAUUUACAAUAAAUUUUGCAUUGCUGCAACAAUAUUUUUGCAUGAAUCAUGAAUAGUAUUUAACAUAAGUAUUAUGAGCUCUUUCAUUCAAGUUAAAAAUCUAACACACAACUGUUAGCAGCUUGUAGCCUAAUUAAUAAUUAACCUUUAUUUAAUGAAAUCUCGACUUAGUUAUGAAAAUGAAUAAAAUAUAAUCAAUAUUUUAAAGAUGAUCAACAUCAUAAAGUUGUAAGCGGAUGAACAAUUGUAAAUGAGAAAGAUUUCUUGUCUUUAACAAUUGUCAGUAAGAUUGCUUGUAUAUAUGCAUAAUUAAGCUAAUAUAAGCAUGGUAUUAAUUAUAAAAAAAAUAUACCCAUGCAUAUAUAACAAUACGUAUGUACACGAACAUGUAAUUUAAAACUUUUUGCCCAAAGUCUUCAAAGUGUAGCGAUGAAAGAUUAUAUCCAAUGUCGAUGACUUGCCUUUUCGAAAUACUUAAUUGGGUAAACAUUUUAAUCCCCAUAGCAUAAUUGUAACUCACCUUGCAAUACAUAUUUUGGAUGUACAUGUAUAUGUUGGUCAUAAUAUUGUAAAGAAUUUCAUGCAUCAUGGCAUUAGAAAUAACAUUUAUUUUAUUUUAUAGAUGUACUACGAGCAACAUGUUCAAAGUUAUUCAGAUUUUAUGAGAGUGUUGUGAAUAUUUUCUGUCAUUUUUUUUUUACGUACAAAAUUCAUCGGUGUUUCAUUUAGUUGUGAGAGGGAGAUAACAUGUGUUAAUUAUUAAAUCGUGCUUCAUAUACUGAAGUUAUCUUAUUCAUGAAGUGUAAUAGAAUAUAUACAUGAAUGGUAAGCACGUUAGAACUGAAACCUUUUUUUAAAAUUAUUUUAUUUUUUUCAACACGAUUCAUUCUAUACAAAAUGUCCAUUAUCUUUUCUAUAACAAAAUUGUGUAUACAUGUAUAUAGAAUUACGAGAGAGAGAGAGAGAGAGAGAGAGAGAGAGAGAGAGAGAGAGAGUUACAAAAAUAGCUGGUUCCACCUGUUAAUUUUGUUUAAAUCCAGUUUUAAUAUUUUUUUCACAUUUUUUUUUCUGAAUUUCUAUUUUUAUUUUUCUUAACAUAUAUAAAACAAAUGUUAUCUACGUUUUUUUUUCAAAUUGUAUUAACUUUUUUCUACCAUGCAUAUUAAGUUUCUAUAUUUCAGCAUU